UCGCGCCCUAAAAAUUACAACAUUCUCGUAGUUUUAAGUGAAAUAUUAUGAGAGUGAAGACCGAAAUGGACGACGACGAGAAGGGAAAAUUGUUUGUCGGUGGGCUAUCGUGGGAAACAACCCAAGAAAAUUUACAACGUUACUUCGGCCGAUAUGGUGAAGUAAUUGAUUGUGUGGUUAUGAAAAAUAGCGAAUCCGGACGCAGUCGUGGGUUUGGAUUUGUAACAUUUAGUGAUCCAGCAAACGUUUCUUUGGUUCUACAAAAUGGUCCUCAUCAACUUGAUGGUCGUACGAUUGAUCCGAAACCCUGUAACCCACGCACUCUUCAGAAACCGAAACGUAGUGGUGGCUUUCCAAAAGUUUUUCUUGGUGGUUUGCCAAGUAAUGUGACGGAGACUGACUUGCGGUCUUACUUUACUCGCUUUGGCAAAGUUAUGGAAGUGGUGAUAAUGUAUGACCAGGAAAAAAAGAAAUCAAGAGGAUUUGGAUUUCUAAGCUUUGAGGAUGAGGAAGCAGUGGACAGAUGCGUUGCAGAGCAUUUCGUCAACCUGAAUGGAAAACAGGUUGAGAUCAAACGUGCAGAGCCGAGAGAUUCCUCAAGCAAGAUGAAUGAUAGUCAUCAGGGUCAAUGGGGUCCGCCUCAACAGGGUGGCCCGCCAAUGGGUAUGGCGGGGAACAUGGGACCGAUGGGUGGGCCGAACGGGCAAAUGGGUGGACCGAUGAUGGGAGGUCCGAUGGGCCCGCCAGGGAAUAUGAUGCAGCAAUAUCAGGGUUGGGGAACCAGCCCACAAACCGGUGGAUACGCUGGAUACAGCACUCAGUACAACACUCAGGGCUGGGGAGCACCACCGGGACCUCCGCAACAGCAGCAGAUACCCCCGCCUCCGCCGCAUCAGUGGGGAAGUAGCUACAACGUUCAGCCCGCGGCAGCUACUCAAGGCUAUGGGAGUUACGGUGGGCCGGCGGCGGCCGCUUCAGGGGGCUACGGGCCCACGGCGGGUACUGGCGGGGCUGCGGGGGGCGGGCCUGGGGGCUCCUGGAGCUCCUGGAACAUGCCACAGAAUGGGCCCCCUCCUGGGACCCAGCCCCCACCCCAGCCCCCUCAGCCCAACUCCUCGCAGCCCAACUCCAACUCGAACCCCUCUGGCCCGCAGGGUGACAUGUACUCGCGACAGAACACUGGCUCAGGUGCACCCGGGUCAAGCAGCAGUUCGGCCAAGACUCCAGAUUACACUGGGUAUUCCGCAUACAGUAAUUAUGCCGACACCACUUAUCCUCAGCGUUCGUAUCAAGGAGGAGAAAGUAAUCAAGGCGCCGGGUACGGAGCUUCAGGCGUUCCUGCUGCACCAGGAACCAACGACAACUAUGGCGGUGGUCCCCAAAGGGGUUAUACGGGAUCUACAUCCGGCUCCAAUUAUCAUCCUUAUCGCCGCUAAAGGGAUAAAACGAAGUCAUUUCUCGGCCAAUACAUCCGGGGUCUCCCUUCGUUUCUUUAUUGCUAAUGACGCAUACAUGUGUGUAUAUACAUACAUAUAUAUAUAUGUGUGUAUACACACACACACACACACACGCACACUACACACACAUGUAUACUUACAUAAUUACAACACACAUAGAUUAUGGAUAGCGGUGAUAGGGCAUGUCCAGUUUACGUACUUUAAGCCUGCGUGGGAAAGAUUCGCGAAAGAUCACCAGAUCUUCAAGACUUCGUGGGAUGAGCGAACGGUUGAUGGACGAGGUGAGAUUGUGGCAUUUCCUCGACGUUGUUGUUUGUGGCAAGCUUUUCUCGAUUUCGUAAAACAGCACAUCCGUUAGCGGAGAGAAAAAUUGCAGCUCGCGCGUUGUUGCAACUUUUGCGGAAGAGCAGUUAGAACGUUCAAGGAACGCGCUCGACAACUUUUGCGGAUGGGGCAAGUUACGUCGAGUAUAAAUUUCAACUUUAUGUACGACACUUCAUUGAUUGGUGCCGCUUGUAAAGUCGUGCGUGUAUCGCGCUACUUUACAGCAAAGUCAAUUGUAGUUGAAAUCGUUUUUAUAGCAUUUGACUUUCUACAACAAAAUUUUCAAAUACGAUUAAUAUAUGUAAAAUUUGCAUUUAUAACAGGAGUUACCUAAAAAAAGAAAAGAGAGAGUAGUAUUAUAUUUGCAAUAUAUAUCUAUAUAAUAACAAUAUCAAUAUCUUUCUUACGUGGAUACGAUAGAACUUUAGAUUCUUUUUUAAUAAAAAUUCAACACCAAUAUUUAAAUCGAGGCUUUCUCAUUGUAGCCAUAUUCAAUUAUAAGCGAGUUCGGAGCGAGAAAUCGAAUAUUUUCUUUUACACUAAGAACGAACAAAAUUGCACAGAAAGAAAUUGCUUUCUUCAUCGCGUUCACUCAAUGUGAUUUCAUAAAAGAUAUUGAAAGUUUUAAUUUAUUUUGUGAAUUAGCAAAUGUCGGUUAACUGUCGUCGAGUUUGUUUUCUCUUAAAAAUAUGUGGUACAAGUUGACUAGUGUAGGUCAAACUACACGUCCGUUUAUUAACUCUUUCACGAUAUAUUUUACCAUUCUGUUAGGUACAUGCGCAUUAUUGCACACACUGAACGCGAAUAAGCGUGUAAAAGAAAGAAAGAGAGAUGAUGAAAUGGUAAGAAAAUGUAAUUUAUUUCGGUGUGUAUUGUAUAAGGAAAAUUUUUAAGCAAUUUCUCGCUUUUAACGUUGUCAUUCGUAUAGCUACAAUUAGAAACUUGUAGCCUCAAAAUAUCUUAAACUACGAUACAUCUGUAUUGAGAAAUAAGUUGCAAAAAUUUAUCAAUGAUGUGUCUCAUGAUUAAUGAUUUCUACAUUAUUAAAAUAUACAAGAUCACGUUGCGCAACAACAUAUGUACAGAAAUCUCUGUAGGUAACAACGUCGUUAUCGAUCACUUGUUCUUCAUGAUUUCGAAGUGCGCACGUUUAUAUGUCUCGCGUGUCUGAAUUAGUUUUUCAAACGGCUAUAAGCGAGGCAUGCUGAACGAUGAAUGCGUAUUUAAUCAUUGACGAAAAUCGAGAAUACGAUCCAGAUUCAGCGUACGCGGAUUGCUGUUAGACCGCGAGCAAAAGAAGUGAUGACUAUAAGUUAGUUAUAGUUGUAAUAUUAAUCGUAAUAAGUAUCGUAAGAGCAAUAAGGAACAUCAAACAGGACAAUUGCGCUAUAGUAGCCAAGACACUGAUGUUAAUGCGCAAGAAAAUAUUUUUUAUUUACCGUACAAUUUCAAAGAUCCCUGAAAGACAAUGAGAUAUAUUCUCAGCGUUAAUUACCGCGAAAUAACCGCGUUAAUAUAUCUCCUUCAUAAUCUCCGGUCCUCUUAUUUUCAUUUGAUUUCAUCCAAUGAUUGCUUUUUCUUCGUCUUUUUUUUUCGUUUCUUUUCAAAAUAACUGUUGCAUGCGCAACGACAGCGUUAAGAGGGAAAGUAAUAGAAAGGGAGAGAACAAACCUAAUGCUUUCCUCUUUUUUCUCUUUUCUUUUAUUUCUACCGUAGGAAGUUUAUUUCCUAGACGUCCUAUUCAUUUUAUUGACUGGAUGAUGCGAGGCUUAUGGAGUUAAAGUAAAAGAAAUUAAGAGGACACGGUUUUAACUAUAGGUAUCGCAUAAUAAACGGAUUGCGGAGACACAAUUUGGAUCAUUUGAUACUCCAUCUUGACGUCUUCUCCUUUUCUAAAGAUUUAUUUCCCUUUAAAUUAAAUUUAUCGCAUGGUAGUUGAGCGAACGAAAAAAUUCGGUUUGUUUUUGAAAUUAUUAGUUUUUUUUUUCUACCAAUUUAUGUCUAUAUACGAGGAAAUUAGCACUGUCGUCUGCGGCUUUUUUUUUACAAGAAUAGAUUAAUACGUUUCUGAAAGAAAUGACAACGAGAUCUCGAUUCUUUUAUUCGUUCGUAAUUGGCGGUUUUCAAGAUAUUGAAAAUCAUAUAAGUACAAAAAUCCGAUAAUAAACGAAUAAAUAUUUAUAUAUAUUUCAGUUUGAAAUUUUAAUGCUUUUCGGUAAGCUUUCACUUCGUCGAAUCCACAUAUUUUCGUAAAUGUCUUUCUGAGAUCCUCUGUAUUCAUUUCAUCGACAGAUUGAAAAUGCAAGGAAAUUAUAACAGCGAAGCAAGGCGAAAAAGGUGUUUUGAAGUGAAAAAAAAGUACCAUUCAAACGCCAAACAUGUUUAUUUAAACGACGGUAGUCUGAGGGAGAACAAGUUUAACGAUUUAGAGACAUUGAUUUAUUUGAUCGUAUUUAUAGGUAUGUACGAUUGUAAGAUGUAUUUGAUAUUGGAUGACUAUACCAGUGUGCGUGUAAGUCACGUGCAGUGAUCUAAAUUUCGGAUGCACCUGCGUUCCGGCACACGUACUUUUCGCGAUAGAAUAUGAUUUUAGUAGUUUAAAGCGACAACGAAGAAAACGCGCGUUAAACGCAUAUGUCGUAGUAAUAUAUUAGUAAUAGUAGUACUAAUAUUAAUGAUUAGG